AUGUUUAUAUAUUCAUCAAUACUACCUUGCUAUUUGCUAUUCGCCACUGCAUCGCCACUGACUGCAAUCAGGGAAUUGAUCUUCCAAAGCCCCCUUGAUCUUAGUGAACCUUCUCUCCGUUUGCAGUCAGUCAGCGGUAUUUCCAUUACCCAAAGCGAAAAGGAACUCUUCUAUCAACUCGAUAAUGUUCACUACUUCACCCCGUACUCGUUUCCAGCUCAUACGGUAUCCGCCACGGGAUUCCCGGAUCUCGACGACGCUUUUCAUCCAUUAGUGAUUUUACCUAUAUCCAAGCCGAAAGAAGGUAUAUUCACCAUUCAACAUAUGGAACCAUUAAUCGAAUCAUACUUAUCAGAAGACGAUGUUCUCUCAAAAAGCUUUUUCGAGACCGUCAUUCUUCAUCCUGAUUCUGAUUCAGACGAUUUCAACCUCGAAAUGACUGUCAUAGGUUAUUUGAUGAGAGAAAUGAAUACUAAACGGAUUAUACUUGAUGAAAGGUUAUCUAUCAAUGUAGCCGCUCCAGGACCUGCUUUACCUGGUAUUCCUAUACACACAAUCUCUGCUAAAUCAUUGAAAGAAGGUAUUGCAGGGCCUUGUGUCGUUCAGUAUGGGGAAGAUCGAAAUUUCGAUUUAUAUCCCGUAUCUAGACUUUACAGUGAUUAUUAUAAAACUUUUGUUUCGGGAAUUUAUCCUCUGAAUGAUGGUCAAGGAACGUAUAAAACUUUGAACAAGAUCGAUGAGCAUGGAAAUAAAUUGAUACCUGUUCCUUCACGACAUUACGCUAAAGGUUCCAAGAAACCUUUGGCAGGUGAAAGAGCUGCGAUAAAAGAUGUGUACUAUGUCAAGGGAGUACCUACAAGUGCAGGAUCAAGAGUAUUCGCAGCGUGGAGAGGAGAUGUUUACACUACUGCAUCUUCUGUACAGAAAUUGGACGAGAACGGCGCGGUGAUAGUAGGGAAAGUCAAGACAGCAGGCCCUUUUUCUCCUCGAGGAGAUCACUACCAAUCCUGCGGUACUUCAUCUUCCGGUCCAUCUUGUGCUUUAGCAGCUUAUGACUGGCUUGAUUUUACCGUUGCGUCAGAUACGGGGGGCUCUAUCCGAGGACCUGCAGCGGUGGUGGGUCUGUACGGAAACAAGCCCACGCAAGGGAUCAUCCCUUUGGACGGAGUAGUGCCUCUUUUCAAAUUCACCGAUACUGCCGGUAUCUUCACUCGAUCACCCUCCAAGCUCAAAAAGAUUCUUGAGACAUGGUACGGGGACUCUCCAGUGAAUAGAAGACAUAAUCACCUUCCUAAAACGCUCCUCGUACCAUCAGAUGACUUUCCAACUAUGAGAAAGGAUAUCAAAUUCAUGGUGAUGGACUUCCUCCAAGCCGUUGGAAGCACUUUUGGAAUGAAAGUUGAGAUGAUCAAUCAGACUGCUAUUCAUCCUCAUGAUGGCAACAGCCACGGCAGUGAUGAUAUGAUGACGAUUGGGGACUUCGAUGUCGCUGCUGAGAUGUGGCAAUGGCAAACCCUUGCGUCGCAAGUCGUUGAAGCAUACGAGCACGUCAACGGGGGACGAUUUCCUCCUGUUGGGUCGGAGAUGUCUACAAACAUGAGAAGAGCACGAAAUACUACAUGGGGAGACGAUGAGUUCAACCGAAUGACCAGGAAGCUCGAAUUUACGGCCAAAUCGUUCAACGAUAUCAUUGGAAGAGACGAAGAGACUUGUUCCAAAACCAUUUAUGCCGAACCUAUGGCAUUGAAUCAGAUGCCUGAGUACCGAGAACAAAAAUUGAAUGAUAUGACUGAGCGUCUCUCCCCGCGGAUUAAUCCCCUAUACCCCUCUACGCCAUCUUCGAUCUCUGGUGCCCCUCAUUACAUCGUACCUAUAGGUCAAGUCCCCUUCAAGAGUCUUGUGUCUGAUCAAUGGGAGUAUCAAACUGUCUCUAUGAGUUUGAUGGCUUAUCCGGGCUGCGAUUUUAUGCUUCUUGAUCUGAUUGACAAACUUGAGAAAGCUGGAGUAAUCACGGAAGUUAAGACUGGUAGAACGACCUUUGACGUGGUCUCCGAGUAA